AUGCGCCCACUCUCCUUCGUUCUCACAUUGACUACUGCCAUCGCUUCAGUCGCGUCCGCCGGGUCUCUACCACCAGAGAUCGCCAUCAUCGGUGAACCUUCGCAGGUUCUGAACGUGACUUUCCAAACUUCCACUCAAGUUCUGGAGGUGCAAGCCGGCGAGUUGUUAACCUCGAAUGACACCACAAAUCGACCUCAGCCAAACCUAGCAAAAUCAGGCUCAGUCAUCAAGAAAGACCAGAAGUAUGUGUUCAUGAUGGUCGAUCCAGGCACCAACACCACUGACCCGACCUCCGUCGCAUUGCACACCAUCGUCACAAACCUCACAGUCGCCAACUCCUCAUCCGGAAAUACUCUAGCGCAAUAUAUUGCCCCCGAACCCUCCGGGACAGCACCGCACAACUACACGCUCCUUCUCUUUAAGCAACCCAGUAACUUCACCGUGGCAUCAAUCUACGACCCAUACUUGGCCUUGAAUCUGACAGAUGUGUAUAACCGCGUCAAUUUCCCACUGCGACCGUUCAUUAACUCAACUGGUUUGGAGGAGCCUGUGGCCGCGAAUUGCUUCUGGAACCGCGACCGCGACUAG